GGUUGGGGACGGGAGCUCCGGGCGCGGCCAUUCCGGUGGGAUGUGCGCGGUGCCAUCGAUAGACGACACUCCUUGGAUUACAGAGCAUUUCAGGCGCAAUGGCAGAUCCCAUCCGCUGGGCGCGAUACCGUUGGCAGCGACUGAUAUCAGCAGAGGGCAGAGAAAGCAGCAGCAGUAAUUCAAGUGGCAAGUGCCAUCAAUCAUCAAAAACUACUGGCAAACACAGGAUAGUGAUACCCUGUUUGGGACAUUUUAAAGAAGAGUAUGAAAAAGUAUCCAAACUGUACAUGAACAACAAAAUACGGACUACUAAGUAUACUUUAUUGAAUUUUUUACCACGGAAUUUAUUUGAACAAUUUCACAGAGUUGCCAAUUUGUAUUUCCUAUUUCUAGUUGUCCUAAAUUGGGUUCCUCUGGUGGAAGCUUUCCAAAAAGAAAUUACAAUGCUACCUCUGGUAGGGGUUCUAACAAUUAUUGCAGUGAAGGAUGGUUUGGAAGAUUACUCAAGAUACAAAAUGGAUAAACAGAUAAACAACUUACUAACCAAAGUCUAUAGCAGAUGGAAGCUGGCCAAGGAAGUAAUCGUCCACUGCCCUCAUGGGUUCUCAAAUGCUUUCCAUGCUGUUUGGAGGGUGAGGAAGGAGAAGAAAUACAUAGAUGAAUGCUGGAAAAAUGUCAAUGUUGGGGACUUCGUCCGGCUUUCACGCAAUGAAAUCAUUCCUGCUGACAUGGUACUGUUAUAUUCCAGUGACCUGGAUGGGAUCUGUUACAUUGAAACGGCAGGCCUGGAUGGAGAAACCAAUCUGAAGCAGAGACAGGUGGUGAAAGGAUAUGCAGAGCAGGUCUCUGAGAUUGACCCAGAGGAAUUUUCCAGUAGAAUAGAGUGUGAAAGUCCCAACAACAACCUCAGUCGUUUCAGAGGCUUUGUUGAGCAUUCAAACAUGGAUCGAGUGGCUCUCAGCAAGGACAAUUUACUCCUGCGAGGAUGCACAGUAAGGAACACAGAAGCUGUUGUAGGCAUAGUGGUUUAUGCAGGUCAUGAAACCAAAGCCAUGCUGAAUAACAGCGGCCCUCAUUACAAGCGCAGUAAAUUGGAAAGAAGAGUGAACACUGAUAUUCUUUGGUGUGUUCUUCUUCUAAUUUUGAUGUGUUUAACUGGAGCAAUAGGCCAUGGAAUUUGGUUAACGAGGUAUUCGGAAAUAGCUUUUUUUAACAUCCCCAAGCCAGAUGGGAAAUUGGUUCCUCCAGUAUUAGGAGGGUUCUAUAUGUUCUGGACGAUGAUAAUUUUAUUACAGGUCUUGAUCCCAGUUUCCCUCUAUGUUUCAAUUGAAAUUGUCAAAUUGGGACAAAUCUAUUUAAUACAGAAUGACAUUGAUUUUUACCACGAGAAAACAGACUCAACUAUUCAGUGUCGAGCACUGAAUAUUGCUGAAGACCUUGGCCAGAUUCAGUAUAUCUUCUCUGACAAGACUGGAACCCUCACUGAAAACAAGAUGGUUUUUCGGAGAUGCAGCAUUGCAGGACGGGAGUAUUGCCAUGAGGAAAAUGCAAAGAGGUUGGAAUCCUAUCAAGAGAUGCAUUCAGAGGAUAAGGAUUCAGUUGAUUGUCAAUGUGGCUCUUCAUCACAUACGUCAGAAUGGCAGAGGCACAACUGCAGAGCUGUGUGUGAACCUUUGAACAGAAAGUCUGUGAACCGGUUGUCUGGUAGUUACCCUGCAUUCAUAAGGGAAGAUGGAGCAGGUGGUGGUCCCCACUCAGGACACAUGGCUUUCAGCAGUCCCAUUGAAACGGAUGUGAUACCAGACACGCAGCUGCUGGAGAAGUUCAGUCAAAUUUCUUUUCAUUCCUAUCAACAGUCAGAAGAAGCUAGCAGCAAGUUAUCUUUGGAAACAAUGUACAUCACUGACUUCUUUCUUGCUCUGGCAAUCUGUAAUACUGUUGUAGUUUCAGUCCCCCAUCAGCCACGUCAGAAGAUGAGACUCUCUUCACUGGGCAGGAUGCCUAUUAAAUCACUUGAGGAUAUCAGACAGAUGUUCCAGAGGCUGUCAGUCCGGAGACUGAGUUCCUCCCCUCUUCCAAGUGUGAAGGAGUCAUCAUUUGAAAGCCCCAAUAGUUUUGUGAGAAAACUCUCUAUUUUCAAAAUGAAACUGGCCUCACCUGCUUUGAAUGGAGCUGCUCAAAGGGCUGGUGAACCUCAUAGUACUGACAGCCCAGAAAAUUCCCAAGCGCCUCAAGAACUAGAUAUGGUGAAUGUAGCUGCUGGCUGUGAACCCAGCAGUGCUGUGUCAUCUACUGAGUUAUCCCCCCUACCUAAACUGUGUUAUGAAGCUGAGAGUCCAGAUGAAGCUGCUUUGGUUCAUGCUGCUAGGGCUUAUAAAUGCGUUUUACAGUCUAGGACUCCAGAUCAAGUAACUGUGGACUUUGCAGGUCUGGGAUCUUUAACGUUUCAGCUUUUGCAUAUCCUACCUUUUGAUUCACUGCGGAAAAGGAUGUCAGUGGUGGUUCGGCAUCCAGUCUCCAACAAAGUGGUGGUGUACACAAAAGGUGCAGACUCAGUCAUGAUGGAUUUGUUGAGAACUGCAUCUGAAGCAUGUACUAAUAAUUCAGAAAUUGAAGAGAAGAGGAUUAAAGAGAGAACUCAGCAGCAUUUGGAUGACUAUGCCAGAAGAGGACUGCGCACUCUGUGUAUUGCUAAGAAGGUGAUGAGUGAUGCAGAAUAUGCAGAGUGGUUAAAUCAUCAUUUUUUAGCAGAAACCAGUAUUGACAACAGGGAGAAGCUGCUGCUUGAAUCUGCCACAAGGCUUGAGACAGACCUAACUUUGCUCGGCGCCACUGGCAUUGAAGAUCGCCUGCAGGAGGGUGUUCCAGACACAAUACAGGCAUUACGGAAAGCGGGAAUAAAAAUAUGGAUGCUGACAGGUGACAAGAGAGAGACAGCUGUCAACAUUGCCUAUGCUUGUAAGCUGCUGGAACCAGAUGACAGAAUCUUCACUCUUAAAUCACAAAAUAGGGAUGUCUGUGCCUUGGUAAUGAGCAAAAUUUUAGAAGACAUCCAGAAGAAUGCUUCUGCCAAAGAAAAACCCAGGCAGAAGCUUGGAAAUGUCUCUGCAAGUCCCUCCACCCAAGCUCCAGGGUUCAGUGCAGGCCUGGUUAUUGAUGGAAGGACUUUAGAGCAUGUCCUUCAUGACAGCCUACAGAAUAUUUUCCUGGAACUCACAGAAAAAUGUCGGGCUGUAGUCUGCUGCCAAGCCACACCGCUACAGAAGAGUGUCCUGGUCAAGCUGGUGCGAAGUAAGCUAAAGGCAAUGACAUUAGCUGUAGGUGAUGGUGCCAAUGAUGUCAGUAUGAUCCAGGUGGCUGACAUUGGUGUGGGAAUAUCGGGCCAAGAAGGCAUGCAGGCUGUGAUGGCAAGUGACUUUGCAAUCUCUCAGUUUAGACACCUCAGGAAGCUGCUGCUUGUCCAUGGUCACUGGUGUUAUACCAGGCUUACCAACAUGGUUCUUUACUACUUCUACAAGAAUGUGACCUACGUGAACCUCCUAUUUUGGUACCAGUUUUUCUGUGGGUUCUCAGGCACAUCAAUGACUGACUACUGGAUCUUGAUUCUUUUCAAUCUCCUUUUCACAUCGGUGCCACCCAUCAUUUACGGUGUCUUGGACAAAGAUGUAUCUUCAGAGAUACUCAUGCAGCUCCCACAGCUGUACACCAUGAGCCAGAAAUCUGUGGCUUACUUGCCUUCAACUCUCUGGAUAACCUUGCUGGAUGCUUUUUACCAAAGUCUCGUUUGCUUUUUUGUGCCUUACUUUACUUACUAUGACUCAGACAUAGACAUCCUUUCUUUUGGAAACCCUAUAAACACAGCAGCACUCUUCACAAUACUGUUUCACCUUCUCAUUGAAUGCAAGUCUGUGACUUGGAUACAUACAGUAGUUAUAGUUGGCAGCAUCCUGUGUUACUUUGUCUUCACUCUGGCUUUUGGAGCAACCUGCAAAACCCACAACCCACGAUCAAAUUCUUACUGGAUCAUGGAAAAGCACAUGACAGACCCAGUAUUUUACUUAGUUUUCCUCCUGACUACUUGUGUUGCUCUGCUACCUAGAUAUUUGCUGCGAGUUCUCCAAGGAACAUUGUUUCCAUCUCCGUUACUGAGAGCCAAGUGCCUUGACAGACUGACCCCCGAGGGGCAGAGGGAAGCAAUUAAGACAUGGAAAGCUGAGUGCGAUGUGAAUGAUAGAGGGGAGUCUCAAGCUACUUCUGUGUCUUUCAGCUCAACUGCAGGUGCUGUAUCAGAGGAAGAAAGCAUUGACAGUGUUUUGCCAAUAUCUAAAACACCUUUUCAGGCCUGUCCAAGAGAUGGGCUAGUAGAGGACAGUUCCUUCUUACUAGACAUUCAGGAUGAUUCUGGUAGUACAAAUUGCUUGAACUCUAAAAAGGCUGAAUUUCUGAACUUAUCAAAGGAAACUAAUACAGAUACAUUUGCUGAUAAUAAUUCAUGUGGCAAAGUCUGCGUGUGUGCUUCUGAAGUGGGCAGCAGUGCUGUAUCUCUAGCAGAAAAAGCAGGUUUGAAUUCUCUUUUGUGUGAACAAGAUGCUUUACUGUAUUUUACAAAGUUGGAAUGCUAACUGGUUAAACACAAGAGUAGUAACUGCUGAUUUACGCUACACUGUGGUUCUGUUUUCUUCAACCAGGGUAGAUGAUGCACAUAUUUCUUAAAAAACUUUUUUGUUUAUAAAACUUUUCAAUAAUUUAUUAAGAUGUUUAAUGUCUCAGAGGUUGGGUUGUUUUUUUAUAUUUCUUCAUACAAUAGACUUUUCAUGCUGCUUAUUUCUUGUAUGCAACAUUGCAUAAUACCUCGUGGUGUUGCAUGGAUGCAGAUUUGCAGGAUCCAGUUCAGGUAAGUCGUCCUGCUCCCUUGCGGUGCUACCCUAGAAUCCUAGCAUUCCCUGGGAUUCACCAUUUGCUGAAGUAUGAAGGAAGCACAAGGGCUGGGAUGUAAUGUUACUGGUUGGCUUGUUUCAAGACUUGUUGCAGUGUGUGUACAUAGUAAUUUUUGUAACCAUUAUGGUCCAGUUUGUUCACCAGGCUAUUGCAUGGGCCAUCUCAGUGCUGGCCAAAGACCUUUUUAACCAUCAGGAGAGCAGCCCAGAAGAGACACGUGUCAUGUGUGUCCCUCACCUUUCUCUUCCCAAAAAGGGCAAAUCCUAGUGCAGUUUUUUGUUUUCUGUGUUAGUUCAUCCUCCUACUGCAUCCCUCCAUUUUGACUCCAUGUGCCAUUCCACUUUAUUCGCCACUGACUGGACUUCUUUUCCUCCUCACCCAAUUCAGAUGUUGACUGCUUGACUUUUCUCUACCUCCUGCCUGCACUGCAGAAUUGUCUGGCAAUGGGCAACUCCAGUCUGUCUUCAGGCUUCCUCUUACAAAUAACAGCUUCUAGCUGAUGAGAUCACUCUUCUUUACUCUCAGGUGUUUUUAUAUUCCUCCAGACUUUUAUAAUAAUCAGCUGAAGUGUCUCUAAAGGCUGCUCAGAAGAAGGUAUAGCCCAUUGUAUAUCGCAUAUCUGAGUGCUAUUGCUCAUCUGUCUUGGAGUUAGAUGAGUCCUGCCUCUGUCGUUUUCCCAGCACUCAGCUCUUCCACUGGACAAAUGUGGUUGAGGUGCAUGUGGCUACUUCUGGAUUCCAGAUUAAAAUAUUGCUUCCAUUUUACUUCCCUUCAUUUAUUUCCCUUUGCCAGUUACAUGGCAAAUUUAUAGAGGAACUUAGGAAAAUUGUUUGUGUCCACUAACACCUGUUGAAAUAAAAAAUUUUCUCAAACUAUAGCUGCUAAUGAAUUAUUAGUAUUGAGACCAUUUUUUGGUUCUUUUACUUUCUAAGUAUCUGCUUUCCAAUUGCCAAGAUUUGUGUUUAUUUUUAGGCACUGUGUUCAGGGCAAGGGCUCUGCUUUUUAGUUGAACCAUGAGCUUUACGUGUCAAUGAUCAACAUUACAUAUUCCACAUCUUUUAAGAUCUCUGCAAGAAUUUAAACAAACUCUGUGAGGUCUGAGACAGCUGCUGCUAUGCAGGGCAGAUACUGAGGGCACGCUAAGUUCAUUCUAAUGCCAGUCACCACGUGUUACCAAAAGUUUAAAACGGUUCUGUUUUCAAAAGGUAGAAUGUAUUUAGGGCUGACUUUAUCCCUAGUGUUAGUGAGGAGAAAAAGAGAAAAAUAACCUUUUUGUUUUUCUUCU